AUGAAGGAUCUUGGUCCAUUACAUUACUUCCUUGGAAUUGAAGUUCAAAGGCAGUCACAUGGCCUCUCUCUUACUCAAACAAAGUAUGUCACUGAUCUUUUGAAAUGCACCAACAUGAUAGAUGCCAAGCCUAUCACUUCUCUGGCAGCAAGUGGAAAGCGCCUAAGUAUUCAUGAGGGUACCUUACUUUCAGAUCCAACUCAGAACCGAAACACUGUUGGCGCUCUUCAGUAUCUUACUUUGAUAAGACCUGACAUUGCAUUUGCUGUCAAUCAAGUCUGCAAGUAUAUGCAUCGACCAACUACGUAUACACUCCAUUGGGUUGCAGUCAAAAGAAUUCUUUGUUACUUGAAACACACUCCUACUCACGGCCUAUUCUAUCAACCUAGCUCUCUCUCCAUUACUGCUUUUUCUGAUGCAGAUUAUGCUGGGGAUCUAGAUGAUCGCCAUUCUACCGGAGGGUAUUGUGUGUAUCUUGGCAAAAACAUCAUCUCUUGGAGUUCUAAAACUCAAUGUACUGUGUCUCGCUCAAGCACUGAGACUGAGUAUCGCCAAUUGGCUUACAUUGCAGUUGAGAUUUCUUGGCUUCGCUAUCUUUUCAAAGACUUGCAACUCUCUCUUACAUGUCCCAAAAUCUGGUGUGACAACAUUAACUCCAUUUCUCUAGCUUCUAAUCCACUUUUUCAUGCACGUAUAAGACAUCUCGAGGUAGACUAUCACAUGUCAGAGAAAAAGUCAUCAAAAAAGAACUCGAUGUUGAUUACAUAUGCACUCAAGAUCAGCUUGCUGACAUAUUUACAAAAGGACUGUCUCCAGUUUGUUUCAAGCUAUUGGCUUCCAAGCUUCCUAUGGUUGCCGGCUUAG